GAGUAGGAGGCCACCCCCUCUGAGAAGAAUUAUUCCUCUUAGGCUGUUUCAACUUUCAUGGGCAGCCAGGUCUGUGGGAGUUCGCUGGCAUCCCUUGGAGAGCUCCCAACCAAGCAGUUACAAGUUCAUGGAUAUGAGUCUAUGUAUGAGUUUUCAUCUUAAAACAGUUUGAGGUCAUUGCAAACUUUGGUGAAGAAGACAUCACACCCUGCAGUGCUGAAUUAGCUGUACUCUUGCCUGGAGCCUGCAGGGCCUUCCCAGAACCAGGCAUACGGCUAAGGCUUUUAGCGGAUAGAAGUUUCACGUGCCACUUAGCACAAAUGAAGUAUUUAACAAACAGGAGGCGUUAUCUCCCAUCUUGGAUCGUCUCCAAGCCCAAACAAGUGAGAUGCCGCAUCCGAUUCUGCUAGUCCUGGUCCUGGCCUGUCUAUAUAAAACUGGACAGGGCAAUUUUGGAGCCACCAUAGAUUAGCCUGGAUUCAGACUUUGCCAUCUCCAGGCUCUGCCAUCCCUGGCAAGCAUCCUGCUUUCAUUUGCAUGAAGGGACCAAUCACCAGGAUUCCUGCCUUACUGGGUCAUGGUCACGGGUUAAAGAAAUUGUGCACGCAAAAUAGCUCAUUACCAGGACCCACCACAGCUGGAGAGAAAAGGCAGCUUUGGCGGGAAAGAAGGGGGCGGGCACAGUGCGGCGGAAGGGGUGGGUGCAAGUUCUGUGCUUGGCCCCGCCGGGAGGCAGAACAGCUAACACGACUUUCCUGGAGUCCUCAGAAGGAAACCCGCGCUUGCCCUUAGCAAUCCGGGACUUGCACACACGCGGUGAGCAGACUGCCCUGGGACAAGCGCGCCCGGACGCUUUCCGACUUUCCCGGGACACGCCCCGCUCCUCCCCGGAAGGCCGCUCCAGCCGACUUGGCGCGCUUUUGAAGUCCCCGGGCGCUCGGAUCUCCGCGGUCGGCGACACGCCCCUUUCGGUGCCGCGGCAUGCCUCGGCCGCUCGCUUCGCGGAGGACCCGCGAGGAGGUGGACGCGACGUUGCAGGUCGCCAAGCUGAACGCCGCCGAGCUGCUGCCCACGGUGCACUGUCUGAGCUUCGGUCCCGGCACCAGCGGCGCCGCCUCCGGCGACUUCUGCCUGCUGGAGCUGGACCCCGCACUGUGCCAGCAGCUGGAGGCCGGGCACAGUUUUGUGAUUCGAGGGGACAAAGAUGAACAAGCCGUGUUGUGCAGUAGAGACAAGACCUAUGACCUGAAGAUAGCAGACACGUCCAAUAUGCUGCUUUUCAUCCCUGGCUGCAAGACUCCAGACCAGCUGAAGAGGGAGGAAACACAGAGUAACAUUGUUCACACGGAGAUCUUUGGUUUCUCUAAUAAUUAUUGGGAAUUAAGAAGAUGCAGACCUAAAUUAAAAAAGCUGAAGAAGCUCCUGAUGGAAAAUACCUACGAAGGCCCUGACAGUCACAAGGAAGAGGAUCCAAGCCGCUCAAAAUAUACAACUGAAGAUUUGCUUGAUCAAAUUCAGGCAAGCGAGGAAGAAAUAAUGGCCCAGUUACAAGUCCUGAAUGCCUGUGAGAUUGGAGGUUAUUGGAGGAUUCUUGAAUUUGAUUAUGAGAUCAAACUUCUGAAUCACGUAACUCAGCUUGUGGACUCCGAAUCUUGGUCUUUUAGUAGAGUUCCCUUGAAUGUAUGCCUGCAGGAACUUGGACCUCUGGAGCCAGAAGAAAUGAUUGAACACUGUCUUAAAUGCUAUGGAAAGAAAUACGUGGAUGAAGAUGAAGUUUAUUUUGAACUGAAUGAGGACAAAAUAUGCCGAGUGACCGCAGAGAUGCUGCUGCAGAACGCUGUGAAAUUUAACCUCGCCGAGUUCCAGGAGGUGUGGCAGCAGAGUGUCCCCGAGGGAAUGACCACUCAGCUUGAUCAGCUGAAGGGUUUAGCACUGGUGGAUAGGAAUUCAAGACCAGAAAUCAUCUUUUUGCUCAAAGUCGAUGAUUUGCCUGAGGGAACACAGGAGCGUUUUAAUAGUCUCUUCUCUCUAAGAGAAAAGUGGACGGAAGAAGACAUCGCUCCAUAUAUCCAAGAUCUGUGCGGAGAGAAGCAAACUAUAGGUGCGUUACUUACUAAAUAUUCUCGUUCUUCAAUGCAAAAUGGCGUGAAAGUUUAUAAUUCAAGAAGACUCAUCUCUUAAAAGAAUGGCAGACUUUUUGGGGAGACUAAAUAGCUUUAUAAAGUUCCUGGAUGUAAUAAAAGAAGAUUCUCUUGCAUAUUUUUAUCCCUGACUUUUUUAAAGAUUAAAUUUUACUAAUGACUAUUGUAUAUGUACAUGAUGUGCGUGCAUGGGUACAUAUGCUGCGACAUGCGUGUAUAGAUCAGAGGACUUCCCUGUAGUCUUUUUUUCUCCUCCCACUUUUCAAUUUCAGGGAUCAAACUCAGAUUGCCAGGUUCGCUCAGCAAGCACCUUUACCUGCUGAGCCAGCUUGCUGGCCCUAUUCUUGGUUUUUAAAACCAACUCUUUGAAUACUUUUUCUCCUCUUCCGCAUUUUGUAAUUGUUACCAUUUCUUAUUUCUCCAGUGCAGUAAGAUAUUUCCAUAUCCUUCAGGUUACACUUGCACAAUGCUCACUAAAUACAAGGACAAAAAAUAAAAGCUGGAUGGUGAUGGCACACACCUUUAAUCCCAACACUCGGGAGGCAGAGGCAGGUGAAUCUGAGUUCAAGGCUAGCCUGGUCUACAGAGGAAGUCCAGGACAGGGCUACACAGAGAAACUCUGUCUCAGAAAAAAAAAAAACAAACAAACUGUACUUAUAUAUCUUGAAGUCUGUAAGAUUCUAUGUGCAGAAAGUUCUGAUUUUCACAUAUAAACUCUGUAUCUUAAGAUUUGGUGUCCUAGUUAUUAAUAUACUUAGAAAGUUUUCUAAAUAACUAUUAAUCUCAUACAAAAAUUUAUUCUGUUAAAAGGUGUU